UAACGAUAGCGAUAUCGAGUGACAGCGAUAUAUUGUGAAUGAAAUUUAUUUCACUGUUAAUUUGUUUUGUCAAAAAUAAUUUUUUCUGAUGGGAAAAACUUCAAAGGAUAAGCGUGACAUAUUCUACCGUCUCGCCAAGGAGCAAGGCUGGAGGGCGAGAAGCGCGUUUAAAUUGCUCCAGGCGGAGGAGACGUUCCACCUGUUGGAUGGACUUUAUCGCGCAGUGGAUCUCUGUGCCGCCCCGGGAAGCUGGUCUCAGGUGCUGGCUAAGCACAUGUAUGAGCCACUUUCGCCAGAAGACAAGAAAAAGGUCAAGAUCAUCGCUGUUGAUAUGCAGGGAAUGGCGCCCAUCGAAGGUGUUACACAAAUGCGCGAGGAUAUCAGCAAGGAGUCCACUGCGGAAGCUAUUAUAAAUUUUUUUGAAGGCGAAAAAGCUCAAAUCGUAGUUUGCGAUGGAGCUCCCGAUUCCACAGGCAUGCAUGACUUUGAUUGUUACGUUCAAAUGGAACUGGUAAUCACCGCCAUAAGCAUCGCCACCUACAUUUUGGAGGAAGGUGGCUCGUUUGUGUCGAAGAUAUACCGCUGUGACAAAACUAGCAGGGUCUACACUCAAAUGAAGCGCUUUUUCAAGGAUGUGUGCGUUUUUAAGCCCUCCGCCUCAAGGAAUUCCAGCAUAGAAGCGUUUGUGAUUGGUCGACAGUUCUGCCUGCCAGAAGGGCACGAACUGUGCAACUUAACCCUCGAAUGGCAAAAAGAUCCAUCUACAUGGAUUGAGGAAUUUACAGGGUAUCCUCCCGCUGUUCACGUUCCAUUUUUCGCUCACAAGGGUGAAUGGGAUUCAGACCGCACAUACGACUUGGAUGAAGAUUACGUCUACCAUGAGGCUGUGCAGGAACCACUGACGGCUGCCUACCAAGAGGUUAAAAAGAAAACUGCUGAAAUAAAUAUAAAGUACGAGCCCAUUGUUGAAAUACACGAUGAGCCUCUACUUAAGGAUUGGGUAGAAAACGUUUUAAAUCUCAAGUACGAGCCUCCUAAAUCGAUUCAAAAAAAUAUCAAAAGUAAGACAAAAACAAACCAAAAAAAUAACAAAUCAGAGGCAGGGUGUUCUGGUUCCCCAAAAGCUAAAGACUUGAGUGGGGAAGAGUUUGAUUCCGAUUCUAAGGAUUUAGAAGAUUUAGAUCAAUCUUCAACAAGCCAGGGAAAAGAUGAUGAUAAAAGAUGUGUACAUGAAAACUCUAAACAAAUAAUAGACUUUUCUGAACUACCGUUUCAAGAAACAAUAGAACAAGAAGCUUCCACAAGUAAAAGAAAUACUGCGUCAGAAAAUAACGAUCAGGGUGCUCUACAUUAUGAGGCGGCUAAUGAAGAAACUGGCGACCAAACAGCUAAAAUUGGAGACUUAGAAAAAAGUGUUAAUUGUAAUUUAGAAAAUAAAAUCUCUUGAUGUGAACAUUAACCGAAAGAUACUACAUUAAAAUCCAUUUGUUGUGACUUCCAUUAACAAGUUAUGUACAA